UACCCCUGUGAGCAAGCAUUAAUAGCCUUGUCUCUAAUGCAUGUAAGCGGCCAAGCCGUCCAGCACUCCAGCCCAGACUACUGUUGAGCCAUCAGUCAAUUGAGUCAUCAUGGCCUUGCGUAUGGUGCAUCGUCCGAUGCUCAGCAACAGUAAGUCAAGGUUUCACUUCAGAAACACCUCCUCCCCAAAACAUUCCGACAGACACUCGAUUCCCUCACCCAACUUCUCAAAUUCUUUUCUCCAAUCAAAGCCUCUUGCGAGCCGGAACUGGGUUGAGACACGGGUUCACUCGUUCCACCCAUGGAGCUCUCCCCUGAGACAACCGAAGAGACGUUUAGUUUUGGAAGCAGUCAUUCUUUUUGCAUUYUUUAUGAUCCUUCUCUGCAUUCACAUCCUCUUAUCUAUCCUCCCGCCUGAUUUCCCCCAGCGGUGGCAUCGCCUCAUUGUUUUUUCGGAGGAGAUGGAUGCCAGGGCCAGCAAUUAUCCUUCACAUUUGUGGCAAGCCGUUGUGGCUUAUGAGGAUCGUCGAUUCUUCCGGCAUUGUGGAAUUGAUCCUGUUGGGAUUGCUCGUGCUGUGUUGUCAUUGUCUGCUAGCGGAGGUGGAAGCACCAUCACUCAACAGCUCGUGAAGAAUACAUUAUUGAAAAAUGAACGUACAUUAGCAAGAAAAAUCAUUGAGGUUAUUCUGGCACUUAUACUGGAGAGGAAAAUGUCAAAAUGGAAGAUACUGAACUCCUAUCUGAGUAAGAUAUACUGGGGACAUGGUAUUUAUGGAAUUGAAUCAGCAUCUGCUUUCUAUUUUGGGAAGCACCCAUCCCUUCUUAGAUUGGGAGAAUCUGCAAUGCUUGCUGGGAUUAUACCUUCACCUGAGGCCCGGUCACCACUGAGGGACCCGAGCAGAGGGAAGAGCUCUCAAGCUAGAGCACUAAGGAGAAUGGUGGAAGCUGGUUUUAUUGAUAUUGAAGUAGCACUUUUCGUUGUGAAUCAACCUCUACUUUUAUGUGUUGAAGGUCCAGAACUUGUAGCGGGGAAGGAUGCAGGUAAUUCAGAUAAACAAAGUGGCAGGAACUCAACCACGAAAGAAAUAUGGGACUGGAAAAGACAAAGCAGCAUCUGGGAAGUAAGAGAGAAUAUGGAACUGUGGGCAACAAAGGUCCGAAGAAGAUCUGUUGGGAAAUCGAAAUGAAUAUUUUCUCAAGAAAUGCAAGGAAUUCUUUCCCAUAA